CGGGGCGCCGGCCGGACUCGGGGAGGCGGCCCCUUUUGGCACCUGUUGCCGGACUCCUCCCCGGUCUCCCUCCCGGGAGGGCUGGAGGCGGACCCGGGCGGGCCGUCCCCGAGCCUCCGCCCCCUGAGCCCUCCCGGGGCGCGGGCCGCUGGCUGGUUUGCCCAGCGCCAGGCGAGCCGCGGGAAGGGCACCCUGGGGUAAAGCGGCAGGGGACGGUGACGAGCUGCCCUUCGUUGUCAGUCAGGGACGAGGACCCGGCGACGCUCCCAGGCGGCUGCCCGCGAUCACCCGGCCGCCGACAUGUCAGCCGCCGGCGCCCGAGGCCUGCGGGCCUCCUACCACCGGCUCCUGGAUAAGGUGGAGCUGAUGCUGCCCGAGAAGCUGAGGCCGUUGUACAACCACCCGGCAGGUCCCCGAACAGUUUUCUUCUGGGCCCCGAUUAUGAAAUGGGGGCUGGUGUGUGCUGGCCUGGCUGACAUGGCUAGACCUGCUGAAAAACUAAGCACAGCUCAGUCUGCUGUUUUGAUGGCUACAGGCUUUAUUUGGUCAAGAUACUCUCUUGUAAUUAUCCCCAAAAAUUGGAGUCUGUUUGCAGUUAAUUUCUUUGUGGGAGCAGCAGGUGCCUCUCAGCUCUUCCGCAUAUGGAGAUAUAACCAAGAACUAAAAGCAAAAGAAAACCAGUAAAAGAGUUCCUGACCAGCUGAGCAGCCUAGAUGUGGACAUAAGCGCUGGGACCUAUUUGAUUAUUGAUAAGGCAUUGCUAAUUGUGCUAUAUUUGAGAUGGCACCAAAAAAAAAAAAACCUAACUAUAGCCGUUAGCUACUGCUUGAUUCAACAGGAAAAUAAAGGAAACUUUUAAUAACAAUCUCUCUUUAAAUGUGACUGAAAGAAUUUAACUCCGCAAGUUAGUAGCACUUUUUUCUACCAUUUGUCCAUAAUAAAUCAUAAUUGGUCAUACAUA